AUGUUGAGGCCACCGGGUGUACGGACAGCUGAGAUCAGCAGCAAGCAGCAUGCUGGCUGCCCCAACCAGCAGCAGCAGCAGCAGCAGCAACAGCAGCAGCAGCAGCAGCAGCAGCAGCAGCAGAGCUUCUCAAGCUUCUCCUCGUCUUUCACUCGAACGUGCAACGCAGCAGCUCAGGGCCCCACACAAUUGCAGCAGCAGCAACAGCAGCAGCACCAGAAGCUGCUGCAGCAGCAGGAGAACUAG